AUGCCCUUACUUCAUUGUCCUUUUUUUUCUUUCUUUUUUCUUUCUUUCUUUCUUCAUUUGUCAUUUCUUUCUUUCUUUCUUUCUUUCUUUCUUUCUUUCUUUCUUCAUUCAUGGACAUCUCUUUUUCUUCCUUCUUGCUUUUUCCUUGUUUCAUUGACUUAUUGGACCUUCCAUUCUUUCUUUUUCAUUUCUAAUCUCUGCCCUUCUUACACAGUUGUCCUUUCUUUCUUUAUUUUUUCUUUCUUUCUUUCUUUCUUCAUGUCAUGGACAUCUAUUUCAUUCCUUCUUGCUUACUUUCCUUGUUUCAUUGACUUAUUGGACCUAACAUUCUUUCUUUUCAUUUUUCUAAUCUAUUUCCUUACUACACAGUUGUCCUUUCUUCUUUCUUUCUUUCUUUCUUUUUUUUUUCUUUCUUUCUUUCUUUCUUUUUUCUUUUUUUCAUGUCAUGGACAUCUCUUUCAUUCCUUCUUGCUUUUUCCUUUUGUCCUUUCUUUCUUUCUUUCUUUCUUUCCUAUUUUUUCUUUCUUUCUUUCUUUCCUUUCUUUUCUUUCUUCAUGUCAUGGACAUCUCUUUCAUUCCUUCUUGCUUUUUCCUUGUUUCAUUGACUUAUUGGACCUUACAUUCUUUCUACUUUCAUUUCUAAUCUAUGCCUUACUACACAGUUGUCCUUUUCUUUCUUUCUUUCUUUCUUUUCUUUUUUUUCUUUCUUUCUUUCUUUCUUUCUUUCUUUCUUCAUAUCAUGGACAUCUCUUUUUCUUCCUUCUUGCUUACUUUCCUUGUUUCAUUGACUUAUUGGACCUUACAUUCUUUCUACUUUCAUUUCUAAUCUAUGCCCUUACUACACAGUUGUCCUUUCUUUCUUUCUUUCUUUCUUUCUUUCUUUCUUUCUUUCUUCAUGUCAUGGACAUCUCUUUCAUUCCUUCUUGCUUACUUUCCUUGUUUCAUUGA